AUGCGUCCUAGUGAGGACAUUCUCAAUGAGUUCUACGGGCUUGUAGAACUAGAAGCAGACAAACGGUUUAAGGCGAUAAGCCGAUUAUUUUCAAAAGUGAAGUCUGAGCCGUCAGUACAAGAAUAUUGCAUCGAACGACUUGUUACUGGGUUAAGUUCUACUCGUGGAGCAGCUCGAUUUGGCUAUUCAACUGCUCUUGUCCUUCUUCUAUCAGAAUAUUACGAACACUGGCCAAUUGAGAAAUUAUUCGCAUUAGCUGACAAAAAACUUGACCUGCAGGAUAAGGAAAGUGGGAAUGCUAAUGCUAUUGCACAUCAUCUUUUAGCGUGUGCUAUUUUCCAGUCAGGUGUUUAUGCGGAGUGUGACUCCAUAUUGUUAGAACACGAAUUCGGAAUCUAUCGUUUGCAUCCUAAUUUGGGGAUGACAGUUGUUCAACUUGUUGCUGAAAUUGCUCUUGGAAUGGAGAGGAAGGUCUUCAAAUCGAAAGUCUUGCCUGUAAUCAAGAGUUACCUAGACAAUGCUCUUACUAGUUCUUCGGUAGAGUUUGUUUAUCUGGCGUUGCUGUUAAAGGAUCGCUUUCCUUCCUAUAUCUCUGCUUCUGUCAAUUUCGUCCAGAAAGAUGGAAGCUGCAAGUUCAGCGAUAACGACCUCACGUUCUUAUUGCUCACUGUUAAGAAGUGCGACAAUUCCUGUUUGGAUUCGUUUCUCAAGUUGUUGUUAUCUUCUGCUCGUGCUUCCGGCCAAUUUUCUCUUGUCUAUAAAGACGUUGUUGAGAAAUGGUGCACCGCGGGAGAUGAAUCCAAAGUGCUUGAACGAAUUUUUGACACUGCUAAGUUAACACUGUCUACUGGCGAGGGUGAUCAUAAGGAGAUCCUCUCUGUCUUCUCUCCUUUUUUGCUGAAAAGGAUAACACAAAUCGCUCGGGGCAAGCAAAAUGCUCAACAACGAUUAAUACGCGAGAAGAUCACCGAGUUCUGCAAAUUCACCGAAGAGUAUCUGAGUGCUGUGACGGGUGAUUCUGAACUGCUGGAAGUAAUCGAAACGCUAGACACUUCUGAGAGUUUUGACUCACUGACUGGUAGCAAUCUCGUGGAUCAUCUGGUCGGUCGGCUUAGUCGCGAUGGAGUGGCGGAGUGGAUCAAGACGGCGGACAAGCGUUGGUCGCUCCGUCAUGUAUGUGCUGCUUUCGGUCAUUGGAGUAAUGAAUCAAGAGUGGAAGUACUGAAAAAUCUUCUUAAACGACCCAAAUCCGAAGAGAUACAAUAUACUGUAGGGAAUUGUAUAGAUUCAUUGUUCAAAAUGAAGGUAAGAGCAGGUGAACUGGUGAAUGUCUCUUUGAUAGAAGGAGCCGAUGAGGUAUUGAGAAAAGUGACGGAAUCGCUGUUUGGGAAGGACGUUGUCAAAAAUGCAAUGAAGAAAAUGAACGGAAAUCCGAUAUACAAAAGUGUUCUUCCCGUGUUCUGGAUGUGCUUGAAGUUAUGGUCAAAAAUAGCACCAACUAAUCAUAUGUCAGAGGGUUAUCAGAAUAACGCUGAGGAGCUUCAUAUUAUCGUGAAGGAAGGGGAAGAAGGCUUGAAGGUCCUUUUUGAUCAACUUCUCGCUUUGCUCAGUCAACCGCUGAAAUAUCAUCGUACUGUUGUUUAUUACGUAUAUGUAAAUCUAUUAUCACACAUCAAGGAGGAACAUGUUGCUCAUAUAAUUGAGACAUUAACUAUGGAUGAUGAUGAGUUGGUUGAGGACGAAGAUAGCGAUGAAAAAGCGUCUAGUGAGGAAGGUGAAGGUAUGAAUGAUGAUGAAGAAGAAGAGGAAAAUGAAUCAGAACUAGAAAGCUCCGAUGAAGAGGAGAUAGAUCCAGAAACGGUCAGCCGUUUGGAAGGUGCACUUGGAAAAGCAGCUGUCAAGCGGAAAGCUGAUGCAUUGGAUGAAGAGGAGACCGACGCCUCGGAGGUUGGCGAUGAAGAAAUGUUUGCAAUGGAUGACCGACUCGCAGCUGCUUUUAAAGCGAUGACUCCGAAAAAAGAAAAUAAAAUGACUGCACACAUGGCAUCUGCUUUCCGUUUAAAGUUGGCGGAUUUGUUGUUGUUUACGUUAUCAUCGCAGAACACUCCAUCAUUGGUUAAAGUGCAUAUGAUGGUACCGUUAUUGAAAUUGGCAAAACUCCAACUGAAACAAGAUGCUGAAGGUCAUAGUUCUAGGAAGACGAUUGGAUUACUGAAUAUCAUUGCUCGGUUGAAGAAGAUACACACUGCUGAUGAGGAAGUUGUUACCCUACUAGACCAACUGAUUCAGGAAGACACUAUCCUGGACGCUUUUGUUGGAUUAUUCGAACGCUUUAUGACUCAAGAGGACGGGUUGAUUGGUUGUGAGCUGGCGAUAGCAGCAGUUAUCAAGCAUCCGGAAGUGUUUGUGCCGAGGUCCAAAAUGUUUUUGAAGGCUGGUUUCAAUGCUGAUUACCGGAUAUUUCGCAAGACUGAAGCCUUGUUGUGUCUUGCCGGUAUGAUGACCAAAAACGUCCAGAAUAAAGUGUCUGUAGAGAAGUCCACGGUUAAAGGAGUGGCAAAAUCAUGUUCAGAAUAUCUCAGCGCUUCGGUAGCUGAACCGGAAUCGAUCAAACCUCGCUUUUUCGCAAGUGUCUUGAAGUUGUUGUGGUCGACAGUUAGUGGAAUAAACGAAGAAUUAAAGGGUACGCUUCAAAAACAUCUCGCAUUGGAAGUGCUGAAUGAGGAUGAAUCCAGGUGGAGUACGAUAUGUAAGAAGGUCAACGCUGCCUGUCAACAGAUCUGUGGUAAAUCUGCGGCACGUGUGCUGAGCUCCGUACAAAGUGCUCUAGAACAAACAUAA